AUGGCGUGGUACUGUUCUGGCUCCACAAAUAGUGAGCUGAUUGAGAACUUGUCCAAGACUGGAUUGAUAAAGAAUGAAAGAGUGAAAAAGGCGAUGCUAGGAGUUGAUCGAGCCCAUUACGCGCCAUCGAGGGCAUACUCGGAUUCGCCACAACCAAUUGGGCACGGAGCAACCAUUUCUGCCCCCCAUAUGCAUGGCCAUGCUUGUGAAUAUCUUAUAAACUUCCUUCAACCCGGCUCGCGCGUCUUGGACAUUGGGUCUGGUUCGGGCUACUUGACCCAUGUUCUCGCCAACCUCGUCAUAGGUCCUUCAUCCACGAGCCAGUGCAAUUGUCAAGUGAUAGCUAUAGAUCACAUCCCAGAGUUGGUUGAAUUGUCCCAAAACAACAUGCGUAAGUCAAAACAAGGGCGUGAGUAUCUUUCUCAUGGAAGAGUGAAAUUUAUCACUGGAGAUGGUCGUCUGGGUUGGAAGGAAGGUGCACCGUAUGAUGCUAUCCAUGUGGGUGCAGCUGCAGAGCAGCUCCAUCCUAUAUUGAUUGAACAGCUCCGUGCUCCAGGGCGGAUGUUCAUCCCCGUCAACGCAGAAGGCAAUGAAACCGCCACAGGAAGCCUGAGACUUGGCGGCGGACAAUAUAUAUGGAUAGUCGACAAGAAAGAGGAUGGGUCUGUUCACAAAGAGAAAGUAUUUCAGGUCAGCUACGUCCCUUUGACGGACCGCCCGAAGAAAUAA